UGCGCAGAUCUAGGAGCACGCUGUCUAUCCUGCUGCGUCCGCGAUUCCGGUUUCCCCAGAACCUUGGGGUCAUGAGGUCAAUGCUGAGGCCAGGUGCUGACCAGGCUUGGCCUUGGGCCCGAUGAGUACCUCAAGUUUAUUUCGCUUUCCAGCCUGUCUGGCCAGGCUGCGCGCAGCGCCCUGGGAACAGCAGCUGCGGGAGAGGCCAGCCUGGCUCUCCCCAGGCCCAGCCACCCCUCCAGUGCAGAGGGCUGGCAAGAAGGACAUCCCUACCCUGCUUGCCCUGGACGAGGGGGAUCUCGAGGAGCAGUUUGUCAAAGGACAUGGCCCAGGGGGCCAAGCAACCAAUAAAACCAGCAACUGUGUGGUGCUCAAGCACAUCCCCUCAGGCAUCGUGGUCAAGUGCCAUCAGACAAGAUCUGUGGAUCAGAACCGAAAGCUAGCUCGGAAAAUCCUGCAAGAAAAAGUGGACGUCUUCUACAACGGGGAAGACAGCCCUGUUUACAGAGAAAAGCAAGAGGCAGAGAAAAAAAAGCAGGAAAAGAAAAGAAGAACAAAGGAUACCCUAGUGAAAAAGAAACUACUGAAAGAACAAUGGGAAUCAUGUAAAAGCAGCCACUGAGGAAGAAGCACCUGCCAGGUACUGCCCGGUCUAAGGGUGGUGAGUCCCAGCACCAGCCAGCUUUACGGUCAAGCUUUGAAAAGACUAUUUUUGACAGAUGUAAGCUAGCCAAGCUUUCAAAUGGUGGACUAAAGUCAUCGUGAAUUGAGAUGCACACAUGAAUCGAAACGCACAUAUGAAUCAUGAAGAAAUAGGUUGUUACUGUAAAGGAGAAUGUCUACUUCCAGGGGAGGUGAGGGCUAUCCUCCAGAUGCAGUCUGGGAGGGGCUUCCAGGUGCACUCAUAAGGAGGCCAUCUUGUUUUUUUAAACUACAUGCUUAAGUGAUCUUUAUUAUAAAAGA